AUGGCCUUUGAUCUAUCUGUUAAACUCUCACUACAUCAGUCUGUCAAUGAUCAAUCAAUCUUCUCCGAGGCUAGGAAGAGAGCAUGGUGGAUGACUGUGUGGAAACAAUAUGUCCUAGCUGAAGAGACACUUGUUUCAGCAACUCUUUUUCUCACUUCUUUGGUCGGUGGGUUUCAAACGAAAACAGCUAUACCAAAACUGCAGCACGGCGCCCAAAAGCUACAAGAAAUAAUUGACGUUCAACUGAAAACUUGUGAAAGCAUCCAGCUCGGGGUGGCUGAUACUGAAAAGUCCCCGGAAUCCCGAGUAGUAUCAUGUCUCACCACCAUAAGCCGUAUGCGAUUGAAAAGGUAG